AAAAAAGAACCAAAAACAAAACGACGCCCUUUUGUGCUGCUUACUUUCUGACUGGCAUUUUUGCUUGGCGCCUCCUGUAGCAGUGGUUUGCCACCGGGAUGAAUAAGUUUGACGCAGUUCCUUCCGAGGAGGAAGUCGAUGACGAAAAUUCUGAUAAGUGUAUGUCAACGAUAUCUCGGCAUUUUUUCGGCAAUGAAUUAGAUAAACCUUCCUUCUCCAUCUCCAUUCUUGAGAAUAUGAAAGAAGAGUAUGGGCUAUUCGUGUGGCCUUGUAGCAUCAUCCUGGCGGAGUAUGUUUGGCAGCAGAGAUUCCGCUUUUCCGGGGUUAGCGUAGUCGAGCUUGGUGCAGGAACUUCACUGCCUGGAUUGGUUGCGGCAAAAGUGGGUUCAGAUGUAACUCUUACUGAUGAUUCAGAUAGAAUUGAGGUGUUGGAGAAUAUGAAAAGUGUGUGUGAAUUGAAUAAACUGAAGUGUAAAGUAAUGGGACUCACAUGGGGAGUUUGGGAUGCAUCUGUCUUCAAUUUACAUCCGAAAAUUAUUCUUGGGGCUGAUGUUUUUUAUGAUACAAGUGCCUUUGAUGAUCUCUUUGCCACCGUGACAUUUCUGCUCAAAAAUUCUCCAGGGUCAGUCUUCAUAACAACUUAUCAUAAUAGAAGCGGUCAUCAUCUUAUUGAGUUCUUGAUGGUCAAAUGGGGAUUAAAGUGUGUGAAACUUCUUGAUGGCUUUUCAUUCUUGCCACCAGACAAGGCUUCAGGGCUAAGUGGCAACAUCCAAUUGGCAGAAAUUGUAUUGAGUGGUGAACUAACUGAGGUUCUGCACUUGACAUCACUCUGAGAAGCUGGCUUUCCUGCUCUUUACUGGUUUGUCUCCCUUAAUUUCUCAAGACAUAGGAAGCAAGAUUUGCAAAGUUUGAAAUACUUACCUGAAGUUUUUAUUUCAGCUAAGAGUUGUCAAUUGAAUACAGCUAGCAUUCUUUUAAUGAUUACUCGUGAAACUUUUGGAGAACCAAAUCAUAUCUUGGAUG